CACGAGUUGGGGGGGGGGACCCCUAGGGGAAAGAUGUCUACCACCCACCCGAAAUCGAUUGUAUUACAUUUAAGAAGCUCCGCACUUGACGUAUAAAAACAAGACUCAUGUUCUCAAGAAAGACACGAGACAAGCAGGAACUGUUGGAAGAUAUAUUUUUCUCUGACAACUUUGCGUGCACAUCAUUAGAGGUAGAAACACCUACCAAUAUAUAAUCUAGCUGGAAAGCCAUGCGAGCUGAGAAGAGAUGGCACUUGUUGUUGAGUAUGAUUCUUCUGCUCAUCACCUCCAGCCAGUGCAUGGACAGCAUGGAGGUAAAGGAGUCGGAAAGGAAAACUCUGCUUAAUCUAAUCAUGCAAGUGAUCGGGGACAAACCCGCGUCCAGGCGCGUCACCAGUGGCCUCUUCUCUGUAUCUCAAAAUGUGAAGUUUUCCUCUCGUGAAAAGACUGCAGAAUUGUCCAAGUCGGACAACAGCAGACCAAUAGAGAUUGUCCCAAGAGACAUAAACGUGAAAGACAAAUUUAUAGAACAUUUGACAGCAGGACCAGUCAAGUUUCCAUCUGAAUGUAGGACACAUUUCCAUAGAAUUUACCACAAUACAAAGGAUUGUUCCAGACCAACAUAUUAUAAAAGAUGUGCACGAUUGCUAACCAGACUAGCUAUGAGUCCCCUUUGCACACAGUCAUAGAAACCGCAUGUCCUGAGGAUAUAAAAGAAAAACACCGGAGAUGCUGGAGUAAAUUAUUAUUUCCAAGGAAGUGCCUUCAGAUCACUGCAAUUAACUGAUAUUGUUCCAUUUAUGUCAUUUCCAUAUCCAAAAUCUUCUUUAAUAAUAAUAAAAAGGUUGCUUUUUAUCAUAAUUUAUGUUUGUUUUAAAAUGUUCUUUUUAUAUGAGUUUUAAAGAAAGUAUUAUCUGCAGCCAAUUAUUUAUUUAAAUGCUAUGUAAAUAUUCUGUCCUGAUUACAUUUGAAUAUAUCUCAUUAAGCCACAAUAACUCCUAAAUAUAUAUUUUUUCCAAAUAUUUUAUUUCAAAUCAAAAUUCUUUAUUUAAUUCCUUACAGUUAAAAAAGAAAAAAGAAAGAAAAAAGAUUGUGUAUAUGAAAGUUUCUUACCAUGCUGUCGUUUCCAUGAUAUCUACCAUUGGCACUUAGAAUUAUUUCAAAUUGCAAAACCACAUUGUUUGACAACAAUGGUAAUAUUGCACUGA